GUCUCUAGUGAUUUCAUCACUGUGCGCCAAGAUCACACAUUUACAGGCGGUGUGAGCGUCGAUUUAACGUUUACUUUCCAACCAAAUUGGAUUGAAAUGGCUGUGGAAUCGAGGGUGACACAAGAGGAAAUAAAAAAAGAGCCAGAAAAGCCAGUAGACAGAGAAAAGACAUGCCCACUUCUCCUGAGGGUGUUUACCACCAACAACGGCAGGCAUCAUCGCAUAGACGAAUUUGCCCGGGGAAAUGUACCUUCUAGCGAGCUACAGAUUUACACCUGGAUGGAUGCUACUUUGAAAGAAUUGACAAGUCUGGUGAAAGAGGUCUAUCCAGAAGCUCGAAAGAAAGGAACACAUUUCGGAUUUGCCAUUGUUUAUCCUGAUCCUAAGCGUCAAAUGUACAGGGUUAAAGAGAUCGGCAAUACAGUUUCAGGACGGAAAGGUGCUGACGACUCUAUGACACUUCAGUCUCAACGCUUUCAGAUUGGAGAUUACCUUGACAUUGCCAUCACACCGCCUAACCGUGCACCUCCUAUUCAAGGACGCAUGAGACCCUACUGACCCUCCUGAAAUGGAUUGGGACUUUCAUCUACAUCCUGAUUCUGAGGGGUUACAUUCCUGUAGAGUUUAGUUCUAGACCUGUUCUAACAUACCUGCCUUAACUUUGCAUGUGCAUUGUAAGACCUUGAUUAGCUGAUUCAUUCAAUUGUUUGUAAUGUUAGAACUCCAGGCCUACCUCCAGAAGCAGAAUUGAGCAAAUAUUUGAGUUUGAAGAUUAUGUAGAGAUUCUUUUUCAUUUAUUUUACAUUCGUCAUGGGGUUUUAUACAAGAUCUACCAUUUAGUUUUAGUCCUGUGACCAUGCCUUCCAUAACAAAUGUUGAAUAAAUACUUUUUUUCUUUUC